ACUCCAUCCAUUGCUGAUUGUGAAUCAAUUGUGUCUCUGUGCUGGGAGUGCGAGGAGCCAUCUGGUAUAUCUCUCAGGAUGUCUCGACCAUUCUUCUGGCACAAUCCGCUUAAGCUGAUGCGAUGGGCAUCACGCGAGAAGCCCGCCUACUUCUGGGCCAUUGCAAUCGGCUCCGUCGGUCCGGCCCUGAUGGUCGUCGUGCCUCCAAUUCGAGCUAGGAUGGGAGAUGUUGAGAUCGAGCAAAUACCACAUUCAUACCCAGUGCCAACAGGGCCAAGGAGGAUACCGAAAGGCUACGACGACCCGUGAUUCGACCGAUGCAAUGAACCGAAUAAUGGCGUUUACGGCGACCUCCCUUUUCGCGCGCGCGACACCUACCGAUGUAUAUAACACCACCUUAACUUAGUGUACGAAGGCUGGGUCGAUAUCGAAAGGACCUGCCGGCACCAAGGGGCUUUAUGUCAUUACAUCUGGCAUUAGCCAUCAAUCAAGUGAAAUUGAUUCGAGGUUUCAUUAAAAUAUCCAAUCCUGAAGCCGUCUG